AGCUUCAUAGCUAUUGGUUGUUGUGUUUGCUUCAAAAAGGACGGCGCAACAGAAUGGCGACUAGUGAGAUUUUUUAAUAGAUUUAUUUAACUUUUUUUUAAUUUGUUUGAAGAGAAUGUAAUUUUUAACCAGCGUAAUCUAAUUUCUUUAUAAUUUUACCUGCUUUACAAACAAGAUAUUUGUUCUACCUGUCGGAGUGUUAAGUAGACAUGUAGCUGCGCUAGCUAACGCUGGCGACACCUAGUAACCGCACAAAGUGCCCAAAUAUCUGUUUAAUUGUUGAAUGAGGUAGACAGAUUCAGUCGUUUAUUUCUGGCGAUCUUGAAAACGAACAAAAAGGUUGCGUAGAAUUACAUUUGAAGGUCAUUUCCGUUUUGCAUCCUUAUUUGUGACCUGUUAAACCUAUCAAAACAAGCUGUUUCAACGUCACCCUUGGUCACCAUGGAUGAAGAUGUUGAGUAUUUGCGUGAUCAAGUUCAGAGAUUAAAUUCUGCUCUUAACCAGUAUCAGCGCCACCAACAGACUGAGUCCACAUCAUUUCAGGUUGAAGGAGAAGAGCAUCCUGGGCACUGGAUCUCGGACAAAAGCAUCAUGGCUCCUCUAAUCAGAGAGUAUGAUCGACACAUGGAUGACAUGAAGGACAAACUGCAGCGCUAUGAGACAAUGAUGUCAGACAUUAAAGUGAAAUUGCAAAGGGUCGUCAAGGAGAAUGAAAGCCUUCAUGCUGAGCUGAGGGAAUCAGUGGAGAAGCAGCUGCAUGCUCUGCCCGUGGCUGCAGGGAUGGAGGGCAGCACGCAGGAGGAGGAAACAGUCGUCAGAAACCUCCAAGAGCAAGUCCAGCUGUCUGAGCAGGAGAGAGCUCAGGCCAUGGAGCUGUGGCACGCAGCAACACAGGAGCUGGACCGUCUCCAACACAUCCACCAGAAAACAAUUUCCGAUGGACAGAUCUAUAACUCUCAAAGACAACAGCUCAAGGAUCAACUUGUUCAGUUCCAGCAGCAUUCACACAAACUCCAGGUCACCAAUCAGAACCUGGACUCGACCAACCAGCAGCUUCUGAAGACGGUGACAGCACAGAGCACAGAGAUGGAGGAGCUUCACAGCCAGCUCAGGCAAGCCAAAGCUGAACUGAGGACAGCCACAGCCAAAGUGGACGAAAUGACCAAGUUUGUGCAAAAUGUCCAGGAUCAGAUGCAGAGACGGGAGGAGGACGUGGCAGAUGCCCAGGGCCGGGAGGAAGCAUCUGAUAGACGGCUCCAGCAACUCCAGGUGGCGUUGAGCCAGAUAGAGGCCAGGCUGAAGGCUUCUUCUCAGGAGGCAGAGGCUUAUCGCCGAGAGAAAACUGUGUGGGAGACAAAGUUGGGGGAAGUUCAGGCACGUUCUGCCACCUUGGAAGAGGAGAAAUACGAGGCUCUGAGCAAAUUACGAGAAAGUGUCCAGAUGGCCGAGGAAGCUGUGUUGCAGAAGGACCAGGCUCUGUUGAGAGAGAAACAGAAGAUAGAAGAACUAGAGAAGACAAAGGCGGCCAUCAAACAGUUGAUCCAGGACGCCGCUGUCCGCACCAGGAAAGAGGUAGAAAAUGUGCGCAAGCAGUGCAACGCUCAAAUCCAGCGUAUGGCCGAGGAGCUGUCUGCCCUGCAGUUGGAGUGUGCAGAUAAAGAGUCUCAGAUUGAAAGGUCUCGGCGAGAGAGGAAGGCUGCAGAGGAGGAACUGGAGAAGGUGUAUAAGGAGGGCAGGGCAGAGCCGGCAGAGUUCAGGAAGAUUGAUGCUCUUCAUCAGAGGUGUCUGAACGCAGAAAGGCUGAAGGAAGACGUGAGCCUGACUCUGCAAAGCACCCAGAACAAACUCAAAAAGAUGGACAUGGACUACAGCGAGGAACUGUCCCGGUGCCAGGAGGAAGUGCGUCGGCUGCAGAGCUCUCUGGCUGCAGCCCGGGAUGACUGCGUUAGCAUCAGCGACGAGAGGCUCCAACUGCAGCAGGAAAAUCUGCAGCUGCGUAAGGACAUGGAUGAGUUGCGCAAAUCUACGGGGCUGGUCCAGAAGAAGGCCAAACAACAGGUGUCUCAGAUGGAGCACGAGUGCAGCCUAAAGGAGCAGGGACUCAGCGCACGCAUGAAGGAGUUGGAAGACAGCAGCCGAAACUCCACAGCUCAGCUGACACGCCUGUUCGCCGCUCAGCAAAAAACCACUGAGCGCUGGAAGGAAGAAUCCAAGAAUGUGGUUCACGCUUUUGAGACAAAAAUCAAAAGCCUCAAAGCAGAGCUGAGUCGUCAAAAACAACGAUCACACGAGCUUGAGAUGCAGCUGGAAACUAACCACGUUACCAUAGCUGAGUAUGAGAAACUGAUGUCAGAGCAUCAAGAGAAGUCCAGUCGUCUGCAGAAACGACUGACACAGGCUGAACAAAAGGCAGUGAACGCUACCCAGCAGCUGACUCUGAUGACAUCUCAGAGAAGGAAAGCCGCCACUAUUGAUCCAGAGACUCUGUAACGUGGAACGUCAAUUCUUCAUUCUUUUAUAAAAACAAAACCUCAAGUAUUCAUGGUACCUGAUAGGCCAUAAGAGAGAGCAAAUGUGAAGUCAUUGGCAUAAAGUGAAAACCACAACUGUA